CUCAUUUGCUGCUUUAAGACUCUUCUAAUGUGAUUUUUUUUUAAAGGCUGAUUAGUUCGGUUCAUCCAGCGGAGAACAAAGGCUCGGUUUUGGUUGCAUGUGUCAGGUUGUGUCCCGGGGAUCCAGACCGGUUGAACCAGUUUUUCCUCUCCAGGUUGGGGAGUCGUUGGAAGAAGCCACCGCUUUUCGGAUUGCUAAGUCCCAGACACGUCGGUAAUAAAAGAGGAAUUGAAAGAAAAUUUAAACACAGAGGUGUUCGUGGGGGUUUUAUGCCCUUUCUGAGUAAUCCCGCGGCGUGGGGGAACCACAGCACGGAGGCGGUACAUCACUGACGACAGCGCGGAGAUUUCUGCCCCUCUAAAGGCCUCAAAAAACGGGCUGAGAACCAACCGACUCUCCGGAGCUGCUGUUAGCCCGUUUGGAAGGAAAAACAUCGGCCGGAAAGAAGCCGACCUCAGGGCCAAUAUCCACUUUUUCGUGCCUGCUCAAGUCCCGGGUGUUUUAUCCACGCAUUACGGUGGUAUAACAGGGGGAGGACCGUGAUUUGCUUCGCCCAGCUGCCAUGAGAGAAGCCCGGAGCUCUGUGGAAGAAUGUGCCGCCUCCUCCCGGUGUUAGCUCCUCCGCGGCUCCAUGUAAGACUCCACGCCUGGGGCCACCAGUAACAACAUGCUCCUGGCCUCCGCUGUGGUGGUGUGGGAAUGGCUCAACGAGCACGGCCGGUGGCGGCCCUACAGCCCCGCCGUCUCCCACCAGAUCGAGGCGGCCAUCCGGAGCAGCGACCCCCGCGGAGGGAGCGUGGUCCUCGGCCAGGUCGACAGCCGGCUCUCGCCGUACAUCAUCGACCUCCAGUCCAUGCACCAGUUCAGACAAGACACAGGAACCAUCCGUCCGGUCCGGAGGACCUUCUACGACCCGGUCUCCGCCCCGGGUCAGGGCUGGCAGUGGGAGUGGGAGAACGACGCGGGAACAUGGACGCCGUACGACAUGGAGGUGGCCAUCGCCAUCGAAAGCGCCCACAGCCGCCAGCAGACCUGCCUGGACCUGACGCCGCUCGGCUUCUGCUACCUCAUCGACUUUAAGAACAUGACACAGGUCAGCAUACAGGAAGUGUUGCUAGGCUACAGAACGCAGGUGAACCGGCAGAGCCAGCGGUGCCGGCGGAUCCAGAGGCGCGCCGACCUGGCCUACCCGCUGGUGUCCGGCCCGCUGCCCGUCCCCAAAGGAGGCGCGGUGGGAGGAGGGGGGGGCCUGACGGGGGCCCUGCUGGGCGUCGGGGUGUCAGGGGCCAGCAUGGGGGUGGGAGGCCCCGUCACCUCUAAUGGCGGCCUGCCGGUUCUGGGUCUGGGCCAGCCGUGUUCCUGCCAGCAGUGCAUGCUGGUCCUGAGCGUGAAGACCGGUGCAGGAGGCCCUGGAGGACCAGGAGGCGGCGCAGCGGCCAUCCAGACUCUGAACAGGCGCGCUCUAACCAUGCAGCGCCCCAAGAUCUCCGCCCCCCCCACUGCGCGCCCCCUCAGCCCGUCUAAGUCGGCCACCCUGGGGCGGGGCCUGCAGCAGAGCCCCGCCUACUACCAGACGCUGCCGCACGGCCUGGCCAUCACCAAGAACACGGCGUCGCCACGGAGGAACGCCCAGCUGUUCGCCCAGUCGCUGGCCGCCCUCACCGCCGGCGCCUCCUCCAUGGGUCUCUCAGCAUCUUCCAGCAGGCCGCCGCCACCGGCACUGCCGCCGCCGCAGCCACCCACCUCCAACCAGAACCCGCCCUCCAUUCCGCCCAAGCUCUCCUCCUCCUCUUCCUCAGCCACAGAACCGGUACCGACUGCCACGCUGAUAACCCCCGCCAGCGCCGUCACCACACCCCCCUCCCCGGUGCCGUCUCCGUCGCCCGUGGUGAUGAAGCCGCAACGCACGCCAUCGUCGACGUCGGCGUGCCACGCCCCCUUACCGCAGCGGUCCAGCUUGGCCGGGCUGAGCAGGCCGGCGCUGCAGAGGAUCGCCAUGGCGCAGUCCAGAGCGCUUAUAGCCUCAGGCGUUCCCACCGUCCCGGUGAAGAACCUGAACGGGUCCAGCCCGGUCCACCCCGCGCUGGCCGGGAUCACCGGGAUCCUGAUGAGCGCCGCGGCGCUGCCCGUGUGCCUGACCCGGCCGCCCAAGCUGGUGCUGCACCCCCCACCCAUCAGCAAGAGCGACAUCAAGCCGGUACCGGGCUUCAACCACUCCUGCAGGAAGACCACCAAGAAGCAGGUCCGCAAAGGUAAAACUCCAGAGGAGGUUGUGAAGAAAUACCUGCAGAAAGUAAAAAGUCCUCCAGAGGAGGACUGCACCAUCUGCAUGGAGCCACUUGGGGGCCCGUCCGGGUACAAAGGUCCGGGCGUUGGACCCGUCUCCAAGGCAGAGUCGGUGGGUCGCCUCACCCAGUGCGGACACCAGUACCACUUCCAGUGUCUGGUGGCGAUGUACAACAAUGGCAACAAGGACGGCAGCCUCCAGUGUCCCACCUGUAAGACCAUCUACGGCGUGAAGACUGGCAACCAGCCAGCCGGGAAGAUGGAGUACCACGUCAUCCCCCACUCCUUACCGGGUCACCCCGACUGCAAGAGCAUCCGCAUCAUCUACAACAUACCGCCAGGGAUUCAGGGACCAGAGCACCCGAACCCGGGGAAGCCCUUCACUGCCAGAGGCUUCCCGCGACACUGCUACCUCCCAGACAGCGAGAAGGGGCGCAAGGUUCUGAGGCUGCUGCUGGUGGCGUGGGACCGCCGGCUGAUCUUCUCCGUCGGAACGUCCAGCACCACGGGAGAAUCCGACACCGUCAUCUGGAACGAGGUCCACCACAAGACUGAGUUCGGGUCCAACCUGACGGGCCACGGAUUCCCCGACCCGGGUCACCUGGACAACGUGUUGGAGGAGCUCCGAGCUCAGGGCAUCACAGAGGAAGAUGCACUGGUAGAGAAGUGAGAGAGGAAGAGGAGGAAGACUCUCUGCCAGCACUUAGGAGGAGAUGAGGAGGACAGCGACCGAGUUCUUCAGACUAUGACGCUGGCUUAGCCUUUCAAUGCAAGUUUCUCCAAAUUUUUUAAACCAGCGCAUCAAACGAGUAGUUGAGGGGAGGAAGAGGAGGAGAAAGAGAAGGAAGACGAAGCUUGUGGGUCUAGGUACUAAACAAGAGUGAGAAUGAAUGGGUACUAACAUCUAGAACAGGAACAAGUUAACUUUACUGAAUGAACGAAUAAAAAGUUGGUAAAAUGCAGCAAAAACUGGAAGGAAGAAGACGGAGGAAGAAGAGGAGAGAGGGAGGAAGAGGAGGGAAGGUUGAGGAGGAGGAAGAGAGAGAAGGUGUAUGAAUGUAGUUUAGGAUAGCAGUAGAGUGAAAUAACUUGUGUGGUACGUUCAGGUGCUAGAGGGACCAACAGAUGGGCUGGCUUUGUUAAGCUGUGGUGAGGUGGCGCCCCCUGGUGGGCAGCUGGAGCAAAGCGGUCCUCACCGUUUCCUCAUCACUUCAUUCUUCGCUUUGAGUCAGAUCCUGCAGCGCCAUGUUCAUGAUUGUUCUGUGAAGAUCCGGAAGAACCGAGCCUCCGGGUCGCAACUGCGUUUAUGUUUUUAUUGUUCUUAGUCAUAUCAGUCGGUACCGGCGUUCGCUGUUUUGUCCUGACUGUCAUUGAAUGCUUCGUCCUGUUGAGGUGAACUCAACCAAACCUGGCGGUGCGUUCACUGCCAGGUUAGGAGGUUCCAAAUGGUUCUGUUAGCAUUCAAUGUCAGAACUUUACUCAUGUUUGAUUGUUUACUACAGAAAUUUAAAGUAUAUUUUCAUCCAGUAGCUGCUUUUCUCCAUUACAAAAAGUAAACUAAAGAUGUUCUGACAUUUUUCUAUAGAUUAUGACCUUAUUUGGCAACUGAACAAGUGUGAAGCUUUUAAUUUUAUCUUUUUUGGUGAAGAUAAAAUAUUUACCUGUUCAUCAGAGUAAAGAUCAAAAAUGGUACGAUAGAAAUUCAGACUCUUUUCCUCUGAGGUACAUUGAACGCAGCUUUGUAUCAACAGAUAGUGUACUGCUUCUGAUUGGCUGCCAUGUUUUAAGCUCGACCAAUGAGAACACUUGUAGAUGCACUUUUUAUCCCAGCUGUUGGAACCUGUGAGGUUCUGUUAAUGACCAGGUCAGAAGAAUCCGGGUUAUAUUUGGGUAUCACCAUCAUCAUCAUCAUCAUCUUCUACCUGAUGCUGGUUGUCCUAAUGAUGGUACUCCCUCCACUCUUAACGUCUUUAUUACAUUUUUUAGCUACAUAUUUGCUUUUAGUAGCAUUUUAUUGACACUAUUAUAGAAUAAAUUGCCUUUUUUCUUAUUUUGUACAUUUAUCUUGUAUUAAUUAUCCUGUUUUUUAUGUUACCUUUUGUUUACGAAGACAGUAUUAUUAAAUACGCCGUCUUUUGUUGUUCUCUGUACAGAAAUGAAGCUGAUUUGCAUCUUUUCUUUGGAAAAGGAAUUUCAUGGUAGACUUUUAUCUGAGUGUGACUUGUAAUACAUUUUUCUAACUGAAAGCUGCAGCUGUGUAUUCAUGCUGUCAGUGUCUGUCAUGAUGCUGGAAGCAUUUAAACUUGGUCUUAAAAACUUUUCCAGAAUCACCUCCAUUUGUCAUAAAUGUUUUCCUGUUCUUUGGCUCAGACAACACGACGUUUCCUUCUGAGCGUGUGCAGCGUGAGGCCAGAUGGGAUUCAUACGGAAGAAGAUUACAGCCUCUGGAAAAACACAUAAUUUACUUUUUUUCUCAGAAGUCCAACUAUAAACUCAGAAUUCUGUUUAAUUUAGACUUUAAACUUGUCUUUAAUUUUAGGAUUCUUAUUGUAAUCUCAGAAUUUGGGGAAAACAUUCUCAGCAUUCUGGGGUGAAUUUCAUAAUUGUGUUUUUAUUUUUCAGUGGCCCUAAUCUUCUUCUGUAACUUCACGGUGUGAUUUACUUUUUAAUUUGUUUAAACCACCAUCAUGCCUCAUCCCCACUGAACUCUCCUCACCAGUAAAUGUGUGGAUUACUAUCGGCCCACCGGUGGCAUCUUGUAGUGGAAGGAGAGACGUGAUCAUGGGUGCUGAUUUGAAAGCAUGAAAACAUGUUAAACAACAAAAAAAAGUGUAAAUAUGGCAUAAAUAAUUGCUGGAGUAUGAAUGAUUAAUACAAUAAGAAAAAUAAAGAAUGAAUGAAAUUUAAA